CAGUAGUUAGAACCAUGCACAAGCACAACCUAUACGGAAUGUUCCCAAAUACCUUGUCCCUCAGUUUUAUCAAAAAUGAAUAGAAUUAUCGUUAAUAGAUUCAUUAAAAAUUGAUUGUCGACUAGUAGCUGUUGAAUAGACGCUGUUUGUUUUGAGUUUGUAAAAAUUUUGAAAGUGGCAUUUUGGAAACUUGUUAGUUUUUUGUUGUGUUGUUUGUGAGGCAAGUUGGGAUCCAGCUAUGAGUGGCUACAGGGCAUAUAAUCCGUGGAACAAUAAAUCGAGUUCGAGCUCCAGUACCAGCGCUAGCUAUCCAGGAAAAAAAGAAAUCUCCGUCGGAAUCCCAAAGUUCGAUUCGUCCUUAGCCAGAGGUAGAACCGAUAGUAAGAAAAGUGAAGAUGACAAAAGCCGUGUUGGUUCAAGAUAUACUUCUCCCUUUUCCACUGCAUAUCAGCGUGAUACUACUCCUACUGCAGGUUAUACAGGAAGAACAGAAACCAGAAUUAAGCCAUUGUUGGACAAGAAAGACACCAGCCAUCCACCUGUGACGUAUAGGCCGUUAGCAAGAACAGGAUCUCGAUCACGUGAUCCAAGCCCAGUAGAAAAAUCCGAGAAAAGUUCUUCGUCGUCAUCAAAUUACAAUUACAACAAAUUGUACCCUAGACCUUAUCAAAGGUCUGCAAGUAGAGAAAGAACUGAAUCGAUUGGUUCUACCACUACCAUUCCAAAAUAUGUUGGAAGGAGUUCUACUACAAAAGAAGAUGCACCUAGUAGAUAUGUUGGCCGAACAUCCAUUACAAAAGACGAAGUGCCUAAAUACUCAGGAAGAUCAUCUAUGUCUAAAGACGAACCAAUUUCAUCUAGAUAUAAGAUAGGCAGUCGAGCAUCUUCCCGAGAAGAUCUAUCUUCGUCAGGUUCGCAAAAAUAUAUUAACAGUAGGUUUCUACCCAAAAACACAGUUGAAAAAAGUUAUACGGCGUAUUCAAGACCAUCAUCUGCAAGAACCAGUGAGACGAGCAGAAAAAAUAGGGAGAUUCUAAACGUUUUACAUGCUCAGCAGGAACAAGGAAGAAUGAGUAGAUCACCAAGCAGAUGUUCUUCCGUAACACCAGAAGAUAUUAAACCCAAAAUAGAACUAAACAAAACUACAAUUCCUGUUAGAACAGAGUCGCCAAAGAAAGAUAUCGAGAUGGUUACUGUUACUGUUGUUACAAGAGGAACAUCUCCAACUCAGAUGUCCCAACCUAACAGCUUCUUACGCAGCCGAAGAGUAGAUAUAGCUAAAACGGUUGAAAAACAAGUAACUAGGCCAAAAAGACCAGUUCACACGAUGGUUGAUAAGGAAAUACAGUCAGAUAGAAUGGAUGAUUCAACAAAAAUGUCCAGGUUUGUUGGAGCUUCUAGAAUAUCUUCUACGCCUUGGUCUUCGUUUUUGGACAUGAAGUUUUCGAGUCCUACAUCAAAGCAAAAGGCUUCUAGUAAAUCUGAUAAUUCGAAUAAGACUGAUGAGUCCAGUGAAAGUCCUAAGAGUAUAUCUAGAGAAGGCUCUACCAAAAGCAUUUAUCAUUCUUGUGUUAAGCACGAUAAACCUAAAGAAACCAAAUCACCGCCUAAAUCUAAGUUGCCUUCAAAACAAAGCAAUGACAAGAAACAACUUCCACCGCAAAUUCCAAAAGUCGAAACAAAGACUAACUCUUUACAUUCCUUAAAUCCUGCUAACAAAGACUUCAGAAAAUCAGUUCUUAAUAUGAAUCCAGAUGGAAAAUCAAGUAAAAAACUCGGUAGGCGUAGCCAUUCAGCAAGUUCAGCAGACUCAGAUGCUGGCGAUCCUGACGCUACAGAUGUUUCAGAAAAUUUAGCCACUUGUAAAUCAUACCAUUCAAAAAUAUCAAAAGCUGACGACAAAUCAGGUAUCAGUAGAAGAUCACCCAGCUCAGAAGCUAGUAUCAGCGCAACUACCAGUGGAAGUGAAGACGACGUAAAGAGUAAAAAAGAAAAGAAGAAACUCCACAGCGCUGGAUCGUCUAGGACGUCAGUGAAUGUUUCUUCGGCUGACGAACUAUCAGAAAAAUGUCCAAAACCUCCGCAAAGUCCUAGAAAUAAAGGUGAAGCUGAAGCUAAAUCGUUCCUUAUGCGAGCCUUGGGCCCAGUUACUAAUCUAUUUAAAGUUAAACAGUCCAGUUCUGGAGAAAAAGCUGGUUGGUUGGAUCCCAGCUCUGAGAGUAACAACGACAGUGGUCAGGAUAAAAAUAUAUUAAGUGCAAACAUAAGUAGAGCCAUCGAGCCUAUACCUGCGAAGAUUAUUAUUCACAGAGUUGAAUCUGGUGAAAAUCCGUGGUGGUUACAAAACAAUAGUGAGGAAAAUACUGAAGGUUCGGGUUUGCAAACGAGAGAUCCAAACAGUGAGGGUUUAAGUGAAACAUGCAAUCUAAGUAACAACUCUUUGGAAGAAAAUAAGCUAUGUCCACCGUCUGAGUCUUCAAUACGUUCAAUUAAACACAAUUCUUCAGGUGAGUUACCAUGGUGGUUAGAUGAAAGUGCAGAAAUACCAGAAGGUGUUGAAACUUAUCCGAAUUGGGUGAAAGAGGAUGGCACUACUCAGGAUGGAAGAGUUAUCUACAAGAUUCGCAAAAAUGAUUCAGACGAUAGCUCUUGGUGGCUUUCAAACAGUGAUAAAACUAAUACAGAAUCCAGUGGUAAACAAAAUCAAAAGCCUUGUAAUCCUAUGACCGCAAUGAAUCCGGAGUAUCUAGAGCAACAUAAAUUAAGGCAUAUCGAUUCGGGGGAGAGGGCGUGGUGGAUAAACAGUUCUGAGAAUAUACCGGAGAUGGUGCAAGCUCAGGAAGAUGUAAAAAAAAUUCAGCCCAAAUUUGCUAUUAGGCAUCAGGAUUUCGAAGAAAAACCUUGGUGGUUGGAUGGAACCCAAGAUGGCAAUCAAAAUGAAGAUGAGCCUCCUUUAGGAGACAGAGCUAGUCCAGAAGGAUUGGAAAUGCCUAAAGAAGAAGAAGCAGGGAGGCACAGUCCGUACGAUAACGUCCCUGGAAGCUACUCCAAUAUUAAUCAAAAAUCACAACUCUUCAUUUCAAAGCAUACGAAUAUUGAUGAUAUAUUAGGCGGGUCUACGCAGAUAUGGAGCCCUUUUCUGGAUAAGAUGUAUGGAUAUGAAAACGAGGUAGAUGUAGCUCAUGGAAGUGCUCAAGGAAACUAUGGUCCAAUGGGUUAUAGGCAGCCACAAAAAAUGGGUAAUAUUGGAGGAGGUCCUGACAGCUAUAUUCAAGCUCAGCAGGCAAAGUUGGAUGAUGCGGCGCUUCAGUUGUACAAAGAUGGGGACUAUGGAUCUUACCUUGACCUCGAGGCCUCUAUCAGCGAGCAGCAAGAAGAGUUUGAGGGUUUUCAAUCAAACAAAAAGAACUCUAUAGUAUUGAGGACCCAGCUCUCUGUGCGCGUUCACACCAUAAUCGAAAAGUUGCUGACAUCCGAGGGCCGGGAAUUAAGACGAGCGUUAUUCUCCCUUAAACAAAUUUUCCAGGAAGAUAAAGAUCUGGUUCACGAAUUCGUUCAGAACGACGGUCUAUCAUGUCUCAUCAAAGUCGGAUCAGAAGCAGAUCAAAAUUACCAAAACUAUAUCUUAAGGGCGUUAGGCCAAGUCAUGCUUUACGUCGAUGGCAUGAACGGAGUCAUGGAACACAACCAAACAGUACAAUGGUUGUAUAGCUUAAUAUCUUCCAAGUUUAGAUUAGUAGUGAAGACAGCUCUUAAAUUAUUACUAGUUUUCGUAGAAUAUACAGACUCCAAUUGCUUGUUGUUAAUAAAGGCCAUUCAUACUGUAGACUACUCACAGGGGCUGCUUCCCUACCAUAACAUCAUGAAGCUUUUAAAAGACUUUGAAGCUGCUGAUACUGAACUUUUAAUCUACGCCAUGACACUGAUUAACAAAUUGCUCGGUGGAGUACCAGACCAAGAUACCUACUACGACCAAAGCGAUACACUAGAAGAACAAGGCCUAGAAGCUGUGAUUCAAAGAUACAUGUCAAAACCUGGAACUGACCUAGAUCUUCUACAGCAGUUCCAGAUCUACGAAGCAGUAUUACAGUACGAAGACGGUGAUGAAAGUACUACUCCAAUCCGACAUUUGGAUGAAAACAUUAGGAAAACUAUAAGGAAUAGGAAAUCUUUGUCUCAGUCUACUGAACGGAGGAAGAGCAGGCGGCAUUCUACAGGAAAUAGUCCAAUGUACCCCGGUAUGGUUAGGAAUAACAAUAACUUGAAUUUGCAAACCAACAGAGAAGAUGAAGAUGAUGAGUCUUCGAGUUCGCAGUCUUCUGGUAUCAAUAAUUCUCAACUCAAUGGUAGCUAUAAGGAUAGUAAUAAAGCCUUCGAAGCUGGCGUAACUCCUGCUUUAAAAAGGCGCCGAGAAAGAGCAGAGCGGCAAAGAAGCUUCAUGAAAGAGCAGGAAUCGGCAGGGUUCUUUCGAAACUGUCUUCUUCAUGAAGGAAAGAACGAAAACGAAAACGGAAACUAUCCAUUCCAACAGAGAAUUUCAAAUGGAAACUCAAUCAUGCGCAACUCGAGCCGCAAAGACCUAACGCCCUUGAUGAACGCCGUCAACAAGCUCGAUUCCGAAGAAAAACAACCCUGGAUCUACUCGAUGAUCCAAAACCAAGAAAACCUCGAAGAUGCUGAAAACGCGAACGACAACGACCGAAACGUCUUACUACAACUGAAACGCGAGAAUACCGUAAAAGAUAUCACCCAGAAGCUGGCCAAUCAAAACAUACUACACAGUCCUUCCGAAGAGAAUAAAAUAAAUCGAAUAGGAGAUAUGUCUGGGUUGAUAUCGAAAGCUAAGGAAGGACUGGCCAAAUCGAAGUCUAAGGCUGAUGUGUUGAAGACUCCCAGUGGUGAAAACGUUCCUAAAACCGAGAUUAAGAAGUCCGAGAACGAACUAAGGUGGGAAGAACUGAUUGCUAGCCUUAAUCGAUCCCUGAACUUAUGUGAUAUGGACUUCACCGACCUAGGAAGCGACGACGAAGUAGAUAUACUAGCUCCAGUAGCUGUAACCAACGGAAUACCUCCUCCACCUCCACCUCUUAAAGACAUGUGCAGCGCGCCACCUCCUCCACCUAGACUCGUACCACCUGCGCCAGCUGCACCAGCUCCUCCGAUGUUUAACCUCCAAAGACAAAAUAAAACCUCGGAAACAAAGAUACCCAUCAAGAAGAACAAGAAAACUGUUAAGCUGUUUUGGAAGGAAGUUAGAGAUGAUGCCAUCAGUCAUCUGAAACUCAAGACGGGAUUCAUUUGGGAUGAGCUGUCUCCGGUUACUGUGGAUACCCAAAAGUUGGAGCAUCUGUUUGAGUCGAGGGCGAAGGACCUUAUUACUAAGAAACAACAAGAAAUGAACAAAAACAAAGAGAUCAUAGUUCUGGACCCCAAACGCUCCAACGCCAUCAACAUCGGCAUGACCAAGCUCCCCCCACCACGUUCCAUCAAAACCGCCAUCUUAAAAAUGGACGCCACCAUCAUGAACCGCGAAGGCAUCGAGAAACUCCUCACCAUGUUACCAACGGAAGAAGAGAGAACCAAGAUCCAGGAAGCCCAAGCUGCCAAUCCCGACAUACCUCUAGGUAGUGCUGAGCAGUUCCUCUUAACCUUAGCCUCUAUUUCUGAGCUUCCAGCUCGUCUGAAGCUGUGGGCUUUCAAACUGGAUUUUGAGAACUCAGAACGGGAGAUCGCUGAGCCUCUUAUGGAUCUCAAGCAGGGCUUCGAAGUUCUGCGUGUAAAUAAAACUUUUAGGGGCAUUCUGAGUACGUUGCUUUCUGUGGGGAAUUUUCUGAACGGGAACGAAGUGAGGGGUUUUCAAAUUGAGUAUCUAGCCAAAGUACCUGAAGUGAAAGAUACGGUUCACAAGCAUUCGUUGUUGCACCACCUUUGCCAUAUUGUCAUGGAGAAGUUUCCAGAUGCUACCGAUUUGUAUUCUGAGAUUGGAGCCAUAACCAGGGCAUCGAAGAUCGACUUCGACGAACUCGCCCUAAAUAUCCAAAGGCUCGAAGCAGAUUGCAAAGCCUCCUGGGACCACUUAAAAGUAAUAGCCAAGCACGAUGGGUCUACAAUGAUGAAAGUUAAGAUGUCUGACUUCCUAUCAGAUUGCGCGGAAAGAAUUAUCCUCCUGGGUAUUGUACACAGAAGGAUAAUCAAUAGGUUUCAUAAGUUCCUUCUAUGGUUGGGGAUUCCCCUGCAUCAGAUAUCUGACACGAAACCCAAUGAGUUCUGUAGAAUAGUAUCCGAAUUCUCACUUGAAUACAGAACGACCAGGGAGCGAGUUCUUCAGCAGUUAGAGAAAAAAGCAAACCAUAGAGAGAGAAACAAGACACGCGGAAAAAUGAUUACAGAUGUAGGAAAAUUCAGAACAAAAGAAGACCGAGCCGACGCUGAGCUCCGCCAGUUACUCGGCAGCGAUAUGUCCGACGUAGAAAGUCUUCAAGGAACUCUUCCGUGGAGAAGAACGCGCAGAGAGAGUAAUAGGUCCUUUAUGAGCACCGGAAACGGAAACUUGACUGAUGGAGACGACGAGCUGAUCGAAACGUUGGUAAAAACCGCCACUAAAGCACCUUCAACCAGAACUGCCCCAAGGGAGAGAAAGAGAACCAGACAUGCUGACAGAAAGUCUCUUAAGCGAUCUAGAACUAGAGAAAAUAAUCCAUUGGGUAGCAGAGAUUCUCCAUGAUUUUAAAAAUUGUUCGAAGAACACUCAAGAACGGUUUGUCUGAGGAAGAGAAGAAACACCUGUCAGCUUACAUAAAGGGGUAUUAAGACGAAAGAAACCAAAAAGUGCUGUGUCCUACCGAAGCUUAUUUAUUAUACACCUUAGAGUAGUCAUUUUGUAUCGAAAACGUUAAAAUUGACAACUUACUGCAUUUAUAGGUCCCUGAAAUAAUUUUUUUAUUCUUCUACACGGUCGUUAUAUUCUGUAGCAUUGAUAAUCUAUGAGCCAGAGGGGGGUAGAGUAUGAAUUUUUAUGUUCCUUCGGUAUCUUGUAUCUUGACGUUUUUUUGUAUAUUUUUUGGUGCGUAGAUUCGAUUUUUAGAGGGUACCAGUCUGAAAACCCGUCAGAUAAUGUGUUAUUAGCAAUUUACUUGUUUAAAUGAUUGUAACUCUUAAACUGUUUGAGUUAUUUAAUUUUACCAAAAUGAAAAUUGUUUCUUUUGAAAAAAUGAACAAAAUGAUAUUUGGUAAACUUUGAUCCGAUUGUUAGAAUCGAAGUUAUAACAAAUUUCGUGAAAAAUAAUUGCAAAAUAGGCAUUCGAUGGUGGUUUUCCAAAUAUAACACAGCUUUCAAUUUUGCGAUUAACUUUCAAAAACCUCUCAUUUUAAAGGUAAUUAUUUCAGUCCAAAAAAUACUUUGCAAACUGGCUUUAUCUGUAUUAAUAAAAAAAGUUAUAAUAAUUAAGCACUAAAAAUUUCACUAAAAAGUUGCGAAUUAAUUUAUUUAUAAGAUAUUUAAACAAAAUUAAGCUAUAAACUGUGGAAAUUGGGCUAACGGAAGUUAUCGAGCUUUGGUAAAUGUUUUUAUGUUAAUUUUUUGCCGAAAUAUUGAAAAUUUAUUUGUUCACAGAGCUUGUUCCAAAAAGUUCAAUGUCUUGGUAAAAAAUUCACAUAUUUUCAAAGUUUAUAGCUUAAUUUUGUUUCAAUCUCUUUAUAAAUAAAUGUUUUUAAAACUUUUUAGCGAAAUUUUUAAUGUUAAAUUGAUAUAACUUUUUUACUAAUAAAGAUAAAGUCAUUUUACAUAAAGUUUUUUUAAGAUGGAACAAUUAUCUUUAAAAUGAGGGGGCUUUACAAGUUAAUCGUAUUUAUGAAAGAUGAUUAUACUUGGAAAAGCAUCAUCGAAUGCCUAUUUUGCAAUUGUUUUUCAGGAUUUGUUAUAACUUCGGUUCUAACAAUCGGAUCAAAAUUUAGUAACCACCAUUUUGUCCAUUUUUCCAAAGGAACAAUUUUCAUUUCGGUAAAAUUAAAUAUCUCUAAUAUUGUAGGAGAUACAAUCAUUUAAGCAGUUAAUAACAAAUUAUUUGACGGGAUUUUAGCCUGGUACCACAAUCGGAUUUACGCACCAAAAAACAUAAAAAGUCAAGGUAUCGUAUAAAAGUGAAUACUAAAGCUUCACCUGGCUCCUAGAAUAUAAUAAGUGUUGACAUGUCUUAAAAAAAUGUCAAUUUUAACUUUUUUACUGCAGUUCUACUCCCAAAAACAUCUUCUAAAGAUGUAAAAUUUUACACUGACUUUGUUAUGUGAUACUCUCGCAGCUGCUCACUCACCUCGUUGUUUUUUUACUAUUUAUGUGUAUGUAGUUCAUUUCUUUUAAGAAUUAUUAGUUUUUAUUUAUUUUUAAUUUAGUUAGACGAGGAACAGCUGUGGAUCUUUUUAAUUCAAUUGUCGAAAGCGCCUUUUCAAGUGGCUACUAGUCUUGAUGUCAAUUUAACUAACAAACUUUGUAAGUAUCAUUUGAGAGUUAAAUUCGUAUUAUAGUAGAUAUUGUAACGGGCAUCCUUAGUAAAACACAAGAAAAAGUAAAAUUCAAUUCUGACGAAGGUAUUGACGACGCUACGCUCUAUUAUUCAUUCCUGCGAACAAUAGGUACGGUUAAUUUAAACGAAAAUACUAAUCGAAAUAUUAAUCAGUAUACACACACCCGUCAAUGAGAAAGAACAAUCAGUACUUGUUUUAGGUUAGAGAUGGGACUGACUCGAUCAAUACUCGAUCCUGUAAGGAACGGGUAAGCAACCAAUCAAUACUUGGUCGCCGCAGCAGGACGGUUUGGGAGCUGCUAUUAAAUAAAUACUUUAGCAGCAGCGGUUGGCCUGCAGUCAAUACCCUCGGACCAGUGUAGUUGUUACCAUAUCAACAAUCCGGAAAUCCUGUAAAUCCCGUAAAAUUAUUUUGGAUCGUGUCAUUCCAAUUUUUAAAAUUCGCGCCACCAUGAGAAGCACUGUAGAAAUAUCAAAUCCCUCCAUGUCAGCCCUCCAAGCGAAUAGGACAAUUUCAUCACACAACAUCGUGUCAGUUGUAAUGUAAAAGUAAUGUACUCGAGGAAGAGAAAGGAAAAUAGUAGGUACAGAAAAAUUGAGAUUAGUAUCAGCUUGAAGCACAGACAUUAGACUAAGAUUUAUAAGAUAAAUAGAAAAUAUUAACAAAAGGUUAAUGUUUUGUUGAAUAUUCUAUGUAAAGAAAUAUUAAAAGAAAACAACAAAUGACCAAAGAAAAAGGUUAAAAUACCAAUACCCUAAAGGAACCUUAAAUCUAGAAGAAAGGGGACGAUUUACAUUCGUUUUAUGUAUCUUCUUUAUGUACCAUUCCUUUCAGAACGUUGGCUACCAUCAUAGCUAUCUUAAUUUUAUUCACUGCCACCCUAAAUAGCAUGCUUGUACCAACCCCAUACCAAUCUCGCAAAUUCUUCAACCAUGAGGUUCUUCUUCGACUGCGUUUGCCUGCUAUUUUUCCUUGCAUGAUAUUUUGUAGCAACCUAUAUUUGAGACCUCUUAUUACAAGUCCGAAAUACUCAAGAUUUCUCUGCUUGAUGCUUUUUAUAAUCGCAGUAGUCUUGCUGAGACGUUCUAGCAUUGUGGAGUUUUGAAUCUUCCUUACCCAAGAAACUUUUAAAAUUCUUCUAUAACACCACAUUUCGAAAGACUCAAGGCGAUUUAGAUCGAUUUUAUUCACAGUCCAGGACUCGACACCAUAAAGUAAGACAGAGAACACGUAGCAGCGAAGUAGGCGGAUCCUCAAUGCCAAUUUAAGGUCUCUGUUACAUAUUACCGUGGAAAUCCUUGUAAAAGUGGCUCUGGCCUGCUCUAUCCUAGAUCUAAUUUCAUCGUGAGUCUUAACGUUACAAUUUAAUUGAUAUCCAAGGUAAACAAUUUGAUCAACUUAUUCAAGAUUGAUAUUAUUAACAUAUUGUAUAGACGGUUUUAUAUUCUGUUGUAAGAAACUAUACUGUACAACUGUACUGUAAUACUGUACAAAUUAUUUAUGACUUCGCCGUUCACAAUUAUUCUUUCUUGUUUUCUUCUUUUAUGUAUGCAUUACAUAUAUUUGAACUGUCAUAGACUAAAAAUUAAGUUGAAUUUCAAUUAUUUACAAAUUGUAAUAAAAAAUUAAAGUAAGAACUAAAAUUUUUCUGAUUUUACUUUAAUCUCCACUAAAUGUUGAGAAAUAUGCUUUUCCUCUAAGGGUGCAAUACCAAAUAUUAAGGACCAGGGUAUUGUGAAAACGAGGUAUUGUCAAUGUUUCCAAUUUAAAAUAGAAAGAGAGAGAGAGAGAGAGAGAGAAAAAAAUAAAGAGAGGGAGAUAAAAAGAGAGAAAGUAGAGAUAGUAGAGAUAGUAGAGAAAGAGAGAGAGAGAGAGAGAGAGAGAGAGAGAGAGAGAGAGAGAGAGAGAGAGAGAGAGAGAGACAGAGAGAUAAACACACACCUACUUAGCGAACUUAACAUUCGAAUUGUCCUUAACUUUGCCAAGACUUUAAGAACUACUCUUGAUAAGAGUCCACAAUAUGUGUUUUUAUGUAACACAACGCGUUCUCACUUGACAUCGAUAAUCUUUAUCUUAAAAGGUACAGUUUGUUCCAAAAGAUUUAAAAUAAAAUAUUUAUGAAAAACGGGGACCAAAUUAAUUUAAAUUGUUGUUUUUACAACACCGUCAGUGAAUAUUUCUUUUAAUAAUUACUAUAAUACAAAAUUAACUCCUAUUUAUGCGCAUAUAACAGUUGGUUAGUUUAUUCAUUCAUCACGAAACGUAGGUAUUCAUUAAUCGUAAUUGUAGGAAUUUUUGGUAAAACUAAGGCGAAUAUUACACAAAACCUGGCUCUGUAUUGUUAGAUUUUUUAUUUUCUUUCUUCUAAUACGCUGUGUUGUAUGUUAUUUUCGAUUUAGAGUAAUUGUUUCAAAUGUAUAAUAAAACCAGUUUUGUUAUUAGA